AAGAGAUGGGUUUUGCUUCAAUGAAGAUUUUUGUUGUUCUUCAGCUUUUAUUGGUCUUGUUGAGUAGUGUCAGUGCAGGAGAGCCAUUCGAUAAGGCUCACCCACCGAAACCAUUUCAUAUGCCACACCCUAUUCAUCAUUCAACUCCACCUAGUUACGCACCAGCUCCUUCUCCUACCGACCACCACCACCACCACUACCACCACUACUCUCACCCUCCGAGUCACGCACCGAGUCAUUCUCCUCAUUCCAAUAGAAAGCUUGUCGCUGUGCAAGGUGUUGUUUACUGUAAGUCAUGCAAGUACUCAGGCAGUGAAACCCUUACCGACGCUACUGCCUUCUCAGAUGCGGUUGUUAAACUAGUGUGUUACAACAGAAAGCACGUUACGGAAGUAGAGGGAAAGACAGACAAGAACGGCUACUUCUUCAUAGAAGCACCAAAGACUGUGAGCACCUACGGAGUUCACAAAUGCAAGGUGUUCUUGGUUUCAUCACCCAAACUUACGUGCAGUCUGAAGACUAACCUUCACGGUGGAGUUACUGGAGCUACCUUGAUGUACGAAAAGACCAAAACGCCACUCUCCUAUGCACUCUAUAGUGUUGGACCUUUUGCCUUUGACCCACCCAAGUGUUAAAC